AUGCUGAUCCAGCCGUUACAAACAGUGUUGCAGAAUGCUCCUUCCUUAUCCACGGGUCUGCCCACACUUGAUUCGAUCUUGGAUGGGGGAAUCCGUCGAAACAGCAUCUUGGAAGUCUCUUUCGUGCCAGGCGCUGGAUCUGAAGCUCUGGAUCUGAUUCUCAACGUGGUGCUGGAAGUACUAGAAGCGGGAGAACGUGUUUUGUGGAUUCAAAUGGGCAGCUUGUUUCCCAUCCGGAAACUGGUACAAUUAGACAGGUUUCACGGUCCAAUGCUGGACCAAAUCGCAGUUAUUACCAUCUCAUCCCUGGCGGAGUUGACGUAUCUCUUCUCCAACAAGCUCAAGAAACAGCCUAGGGGUCAAGAUCAAAAGUACGGCUUGAUAGUUCUAGAAGACCUGGCGUCGCUGGUCAACUACUCGUUUCACAAGUUGACAAAGACUUUUACCAAGAGAAGAGCAGUUGUCACCGACCACAAUAACAACCUGGAAGCCGAGAAAAAACUUGGAAUCUCCAAGGUGAGACUGCCUAGAAAUCCGUACUCUGCGGCCGAUCGAAGACUGCAUUUCCUCCAAGAAUUGAUGCUCAUGGUCUCAUCUUACAAUCGCACACACAACAGUGUCAGUCUUCUUUGCGGUCCCUUGAACACAACCAACCGAAAGGUGGGGAAGUCUAAUGUCACGCAAACGAUAUUGCAACCAAUGUUGGGCUCUACUGGCGUCUGGCUGCAUCAAAUAGCUGAUCGGUUCGUAAUCUUCAAAGAUUGGUGUAGGACGAACGAGUCUGCUGGGCUACAAGUUUUGCCCCAUAUCGCUGUUCAAGCCAACCCGCGGAAUCCCAAAACACCCCAUCCGACAAAAGUUGUUGUUUUCAGCAGAUCUAGGGAGGGCAUCAUUGAGGUUUCCACAAAAGGAAGAAACAUGGAUCCAGAGACAUCAACAGAGAGGAAAGCGGGUAGUGAAGCCGAAGCCACAACACAGCCCGAUUUGGAAGGGAGUUCACAAUCAAGGUGA